AUGAACACCGGUAUCUCGCCCAAACAGGACGACGCCUCCAACCCCAACCUACUCAACAUAGGCCAAGACCAUUCGCUGCAGUACCAGGGCCUCGAACACAACGACCCUCAAUACCGAGAGGCCUCUCACCAGACCCCUCAUCAGUACUUGAACCAGUUUCAAGCGCAGCCCCAACAGCAACAACAACAGGCGCCUUAUCAAGGCCACUUCCAACAGUCGCCGCAACAACAGCAACAGAACGUUUAUUUCCCUCCGCCUCCGCAAUCGCUGAGACAGGCCACUUCGCAGUCGCAGUCGCAGUCGCAGCAGCAGCAGCAGCAAAAUGCUCCUCUUAACUUAAAUCAGCAGCAACAGUACGCUAGUUCGAAUUCGAAUUCGAACCCGAACAACAAUGUUAACGGCAACACGAUUCCUCAGGACUUCGGUUACAUGCAGCAGACCGGGUCCGGUCAAAACUAUCAAACGAUUAAUCAACAGCAAUUUUCUGAGCUGUACAACUCGUUUCUAAGCCAUUUGACGCAGAAGCAAACAAACCCCUCCGCUGCAAGCGCAAACUCGUCUGCUAAUAACAACAACCCGAGCAGCGGGAACAACAGCACCGGCAGUAAUCCCGCUCAAUUGGCAGCUUCUCAUUUGAACCCGGCCACAGCCGCCGCCGCCAACAAUGCCGGCGCUUCCGCUUCAUACUUGACUCAACCCCCUCAGGUGCAAAGAUACUACUCCAAUAACAUGAAUGCUCUUUCCAGUCUUUUGGACCCUUCCUCUGCCAAUGCUGCGGGCAACGCUAACUCCGCGACCCACCCCAGUCUGUUGCCGCCCAACUUGCCGCCGCAAUUGUCCCACCACCAGCAACAGAUGCAACAACAGCAAUUGGUGUUGCAGCAGCAGCAGUUGCAACAGCAGCAACAGCUGCAGCACCAACACCAACUGCAACAACAGCAGCAGCAACAACAACUACAACAGCAACAGCAACAACAUCAUCUACACCAGCAGCAGCAGCAGCAACAACAACAUCAACAUCCAGUGGUGAAGAAACUCUCAUCCACUCAAAGCAGAAUUGAAAGGAGGAAACAACUGAAAAAGCAAGGGCCCAAGAGACCUUCUUCCGCCUACUUCUUGUUUUCCAUGUCCAUAAGAAAUGAGUUACUGCAACAGUUCCCAGAGGCCAAAGUGCCCGAAUUGUCCAAAUUGGCCUCAGCAAGAUGGAAGGAGUUGACCGAUGACCAGAAAAAACCAUUCUACGAGGAGUUCAGAACCAACUGGGAAAAAUACAGAGUCGUAAGAGACGCUUACGAAAAGACUUUGCCACCAAAGAGACCCUCGGGCCCCUUCAUUCAAUUUACUCAGGAAAUCAGGCCCACAGUUGUCAAGCAAAACCCUGAUAAGGGUCUAAUCGAAAUCACCAAGAUAAUUGGUGAAAGAUGGCGCGAAUUAGAUCCUGCCAAGAAGGCAGAGUACACUGAAACCUACAAGAAGAGAUUAAAGGAGUGGGAAAGCUGUUACCCCGAUGAAAACGACCCAAACGGUAACCCCAUCACUCCUUCACACAAGGCCAUGAACAUGAAUUUGAACAUGAACACUAAAAUAAUGGAGAACCAAGACAGCAUCGAACAUAUGACCGCGAGUGCAAUCGAAUCUGUCACGGGCAACAACAACAACAACAACAACAGCACAAACUCAAACACACCCGUUUCGCCCCCUAUUUCAUUGCAGCAACAGCCGCUACAACAACAGCAACACAUGUUGUUGGCAGACCCCACUGAAAAUGGUUCUAUCUUAAAAAAUGAAUAA